AUGGAUGAGUUAAAAACCCAAGUAUUUAUUCCCCCGGUCCCAAUAGCUCUUGUGUUUUUCAUAAAGCCUUUCCUUCAAAAUAAAUUUGAGUACACGCACUUUAAUCAUACACAUGAUACACUUAUGUCAAAUCUAACAGAAAGCGCACUUGUCAAUCUGCAUAAAUGCAAAAAUCAAGGUGUCUCUCAAGUGAAUUAUUGUAAAAGCAUAGCUAUUAGCAAAAAAUCCACAGUGUACCUUGUACUCUACACUGUGAGGUGUAGAGUCCAACCCCCCUAUGCUACAGGCUUGUAA